AUGUGUGACCGAAAUCAACUUUCGAUCAAAAAAUGUCAAAAUGAAGCAACUGAAACGGAUGGCCAAGUGGAGCCACCCAAGAACUAUGUCUCUCACUAUUCUCUGAAUUCUUUUGAAAAAGGAAUGCAACAGAAUCAAGAGCUGUCAAUUGGUCAACAACAAGGACGUGAUCACCCCUACGAAGGAGAGUGCAUCGAUGAUAUUGCUCAGCGCUCAGGAGAACGGUUCUCCCACACCAACCUCAUGCGAAUUGCCUUCAAACUGUUAUGGGCGUUAGAAACGCUUCACCAGCAAGGUUUCUGCCACCGCGAUGUUCAUUGUGGAAAUGUCCUUCUCCGGAGAGAGUUCGAUGGAAUCGUGCGUCUCAAGAUUAUCGAUUUCGCACUGUCUCUUCCUCUGAACCCACCACCCAUGCCGGAACUUAACCUGACCUCGUGGCAUGCAAGCCUUCCAGUGUGGUGGGGCGAAGCCUACACCAGAUUCGACGACUUCACUUCGGCCAUUUUCCUUUUGUUGUGGUUCGUUCCUGUCAACCCGUUCGGCGAUGUACGUACUGAGUAUCUUGUGAAAAAAGAAAAAUUUGAUGAGAAUCCACACGUCUGGUUCAACGACGAAGUUGAAUGGAUCCCCAAUCUGUACACUUCGAUCCAACUGCAAAGAACGUCUGGCUACUCUCACACGGAUCUUUUCAACGUUAUGUACAAAUUUGAUCCAAACUUCGACCCAACUAGCCCGAUCGCUUAUCGUGUUGUGGACAAUCAGCUCACUAUCGAAUAG